AUCAUUCUGUAGUGACGGAAUUUGUUGAAAACAUAAAGAAAUUAGAAACACAUCAGAUUUCUUAUAGCAAACCAUCAAGUGAAAUUAUUUGGAGAAGAUGGACUUCGAGGAAUACAGAGAAAGAGGUAAAGAGAUGGUAGACUAUAUAGCAAAUUAUCUACAAAAUAUAAGACAAAGAAGAGUGUUUCCGAAUGUUUCGCCUGGUUACAUGCGUACUCUGGUACCUGAAACAGCACCACAAGACGGAGAGCAAUGGGACGAUAUAUUUAGGGAUGUAGAACGUGUUAUCAUGCCAGGAAUAACACACUGGCAGAGCCCAUACAUGCAUGCAUAUUUUCCGGCCUUGAAUUCCUUUCCGUCAUUGCUAGGUGAUAUGUUAGCGGAUGCCAUUGGCUGUCUUGGUUUUACCUGGGCUUCAAGUCCAGCCUGUACUGAGUUGGAGACCAUAGUUAUGGAUUGGCUUGGUAAAAUGAUCGGCUUACCUUCAGGCUUCUUACAUAGUAACAAACAGACAAUGGGCGGAGGAGUUAUACAGGUAACAGCAAGUGAUUGUACCUUUAUAUCAUUGCUGGCUGCUAGAACAGAAAUACUCCGAAAGUUCAAAAACUCAGGACUAGAAGACAUGGAAGUCAAUUCGAGGCUGGUUGCUUAUUGUUCGGACCAGGCACAUUCAUCAGUUGAAAAAGCAGGAUUGAUUGCACUUGUGAAAAUGAGGUUCAUUGAAUGUGACGACGAGCUAAGCAUGCGCGGUGAUGCAAUACAAGAGGUUAUAGACAAAGACAGAGAAGACGGUCUGAUACCGUUUUAUGUGUGUGCCACCUUGGGAACAACAGGUGCAUGCGCGUUCGAUAACUUGAAAGAACUAGGACCAAUUUGUGAAAGAGAAGGCCUGUGGCUUCACAUCGACGCAGCAUAUGCUGGGACUGCAUUCAUCUGCCCAGAAUUCAGGAAGUAUAUGGAAGGGGUUGAAUAUGCCAAUUCGUUUGCAUUUAACCCUUCGAAAUGGAUGAUGGUACACUUUGAUUGUACGGCAUUGUGGGUAAAAAAUAGUGGAGCAUUACACAGAACUUUCAACGUUGACCCUUUAUAUUUGCAACAUGAAAAUACUGGUGCUGCAAUUGACUAUAUGCACUGGCAAAUACCUCUGAGUAAAAGAUUCCGAUCACUGAAGCUAUGGUUUGUAAUACGUUCAUUUGGUGUGGAGGGUCUACAGAUGCAUAUUAGAAAAGGCAUACGGUUGGCAACGAAAUUUGAACUACUUGUACGAAAUGAUAGUAGAUUUGAAGUCGCUGCCAAACGAAUAUUGGGAAUGGUUGUAUUUCGACUGAAGGGUGAAAAUGAACUGACCGAAUUUUUACUGAAACGGCUUAAUCGUUCCGGAAAAGUUCAUAUGGUCCCUGCAUUACUCAGAGGGAAAUACGUUAUUCGAUUUACUGUGACGUCACAAUAUACUGAAGACUGUGAUAUAGAACGUGACUGGAAAAUUAUAUCUGCUACUGCUACAAAAAUUUUACACGAUGACGAAUCAACAGAUGAGGAAGUAAUUUCCCCUGACGACGAAGUAUUUGAAAAGGAAAUCCCGAUUCUGCGCGUACCCCGUGUCGUACCGUUGAAACGGAAAGAUUACGGAAUCAGUCUCUUAUUGAGUAAUGUUCCAAUGUCACCUAAACUAAUCAAUGGCAGUUUUGCAGCGUUAUUCGAUAACAAUGACGUCAUAGUGGAAUUUGCGAAACAAAUAACAAAUACCGAUUUUAACGGUAGACCAAUUCGUUUGUCCCCAAGACGACGGUUAAAAUUGAAAGACAGUACAAAACAACAAAGUCUAGACACAUAUAAGAUAAAUCGACCCCUUUGUAAUCGUCAAAAGUACGGAUCGCUAGACUCAAAAAUUGAGGAAAUACUUGAAUUGUCUACCUUGAACGACCAAAGAAAUGGUGUUUGUGAUAUAGAUGACAUACGUGAAACCGAUUCCGAACAAAAUCAGUCGAGCGAAGAAGAGAACCCUACCGUCCAAGUUCACAUUUCACAAUUUACUGACUUCAAAUCGGCCAAUGGUAAUGCAAGCGGAAGUCCAGUCGAAAAUGGCACUCUAAAAUGCUGUAAACACUGCGGACAUGUCAUAGACUAGAACUCAUCAAAGUAUACUAUUUUGAUUUAGCCAAUGCAGAUAUUUGA